UCCCUGUUUCAUAGUUAGUAUAAAUAUCAGUUACUUUUAUCAAAUUUUGAAUCAAGAUUUCAAUUAUUACAGAAAGUCGAUUGGUCAGAAAAAGACACAAGACAAUACAAAUAAAUAAUCAAUAGCAACAUAACUGAAACAAAAGGUUUACUAAUUGACUAAUUCAUUGGAAAUUGCAGUCAUGCUGAGGGCGUUAUCAAGAAUAUGUAAUAAAAGUUUUCUGACAAAAUUGUUCGUGUUACAAAUUCUGCUGUUAAGCUUAUUUGUAAUAAACAAAAUGACACAAACAGCUGAAUCAACCCCGUCUAUAAACAACUAUAUUCAAAGGUCAAAUGUUAUAGUUAACCCUGCUAGUACCCGUGGUUCCUUGGGACCAAUAGAUUUGAUUCGAAAUGAUUGUGGUGAACUUUGCAACACAUCUAGAAAAGGUGAACCAGGUCCUUACUUUGACCAUGUUACGGCAAAUAUAAAUUGUGAAGCUCUAUUCAGAAACGAAUACAUAGACAGUGGACAUGGAUUGGCACAUGCGCCAAAGGAAAUUCCAAAAGAACUUAUGGAUGAAUACACUAUGAAUGGUAGAGUUGGUAUAAAGAAAUGGUAUUUUGAUGAACAGUAUCUAGGCAAAAAAGCGUUCACACCAAUUUGGACGGAAGAAAUGAUAGAGAAAAACAUAAAACAAGCAAAAGCGCAAACUCUUUUCAGUCCGUACGGUAUUGCCGAGAUAAACGCUUUGCGGGAUGGGUUAAAGCAUGCACCUGGAAUUCAAGAUGGCCGAGUUCUUGUUAUAGGUUCUGAACGGCCUUGGGCUGAAGCAUGCGUGUUAGAAGCAGGAGCACGUGAAAUCCUGACCUUGGAGUAUGGAAAAAUAAUUUCUACGCAUCCUAAAGUAAAAACCAUUGUUCCGCUUGAUUUCCGCAUGCGGUAUCUCAAUAACACUUUGGGAGAAUUUGAUGCGGUUGUGACAUUUAGUUCAGUGGAACAUUCUGGCCUCGGUAGAUACGGCGACGCCCUCAAUCCAUGGGGAGACAUUAUUGCAAUAGCAAGAGCUUGGUGUGUUACAAAACCGAAAGGAUCCCUAACAUUAGGUGUUGAAUAUAAGUAUGAAGGCGAAUACAUAGCAUUUAAUGCACAUCGUUAUUAUGGCAAAAUACGGUAUCCAUAUUUAACAACAAACUGGAAACAAUACUAUAAAGGUAUAGGAACACAACUUGUUCAUGUUUUUGUUAAAUAAAUAGUGAUAGAUAUG